CUCGACAGGAAGUGUGGGCCACCGAGAAUAGCUCGACGGCGUGCCGCUUCCAGCGCCGACGCUCUGCACGCGCCUAGGGCCAUGCGCCGCAAGUCGAUGUUUCAAGCGGGCAUCUCAACCAAGUUCACGAGCCAGUACAAAGCACCAUAUCACGACACAUCCCUGGAUGCAGCAACGGCCGCGACCGCUCGUGCUGAGCGCAAGCUGAAGAUGCAGGAAGAAGCCAUGCUCCGACAGCACGAGAGGAUUGCGUUGGAGCUUGAGAAAGUUGAAGCGUCCAAGCGAAUGAUUCAGCGAAAGCAAGCGCGCGAGGCGCGACGAGUCGCUGCAGAGUGCAACGCGGCAGCCAAAGUCAUGCAAAACGCGGCUCGAACCUUCCUCCAACGCCGAAAGGAGCACUCAGCUGUGGCUGUGAUCGCGUUGGCAUGGCAGCGACAUUGCGUCCGAGCCGAGCAGGCGCGACACGUCCGUGCUCGAGCAGCUCAAUGCAUCGCAGGCAACCUGCGGCUCCAUGUGCGUCGACAACGCAGGAAGCGCGGUGCAGUUGCUGUCCAACGUGUAGCCCGGUCGUACUUGGCCAGACGGACAGUCGACGAGCGAUGGCGCCAAGUAUUUGCUCAGCGAUCGAUGGCUCGCAAUGCGAGUGCCGUCAAAAUUCAGAGUACAUUUCGCCGCUAUGUCGUCCGGGAGACAUUCCUAGACAUCCGAGAGAGCGUCGUGCACGUGCAGGCAGCGAUUCGGGGGCAUCUUUGUCGCCAGCGGCAUCGCAGAAAACGACCGCCCGCGGCUGUGCAUGUGACUCGACUGGCAACAUCAGCUACAAGAGAAAGCUCAGAACACAUCGAGGACGCCGUCAGCUCCGGCUACGUCCUGGAGGAUGCGACAAAGGGCCUGGUCACCGACGCCACCGAGUGGGAGCAGUCAUGUGCUCCAUCGAUGGUGGACGUUGCGCCGUUGCAUGCGCUUUCCCCAGUAUGGCGACGCGGCAGCUUGCAGCUUCCAAAGCUCCAGGGAUGUCCAAAACCCGCAGAGGGACCAUUGAAGGUCGGCAAAAGCAUACUCGUUCAGCCAUCGAGGCCAUCAAGGCACCGUCGACGAACAAUUGCUGUUACGCUGAGCCCGAUGCCGUACAAGACGGUGUUGGUGCACCAAAAUGACGGCGACGGUAGCCAAGAAUCGAUCGCCCGGCAACAGCACCACGCAGAUCUGCGGCGAAAGCUGCUCCUGCGCAAGGAGCACGAUCGAUGGAAAGAGUUGGUGAAGCAGCAGCUCGAGGCGGAGCUCGAGAGGGAAGCGUCCGAGCGACGCGAUAUGGAGCGAGAAGAGAAGCGAGUGCGCCUCGCAGCCAAACUCAGUCGACGUCGCGACAAAGAAUUCUUCAAGCGGGAAUGGAAGCACGCUGUGCAAAGGGAGUCGCGCGAGACGACGACGAUGGAGCGAGAAGAACGAGCAAGCCGCGUCGCAUGGAAGGUCCUGGCUCGUCUCGAGAUGGCCAAAUUGCAGCGGCAACUCAAGCAAGAGAAACUGGACAAGGCGCCGCCGCCCUUGGUCAACCGAUACGACCGCAAGAAGCACGGCAUCCCGUCCAAGCCUCCGCAUGAACGGAUCGACGUCGUCGUUGUCCCGGCCUCGUCGCAGUUAAAACCUCGAAAGAAGCCCCGCGACGCCUCCAAGCCGUCGAAUCCAACAAGCAACUCAACCACGCCGAGCCAUGGCCAGCAACACAGUAGCAAUCAAGACGAAUUAGGCCACGACCCGCCGACCGUCGUUGGCUUUUCUUAUCGCGACGACGACGAUGGAAACGACUGGGACGACUGCGAAUUUGACGAUCUCGUAGACGAAACCCAGCUAGCGAGCUUAUUGAUAACGUCCUGAUGUCCACCAAUGCCAUAGUUUGCACUUGUCAUG